CGCGCACCCUUCUCCCUCUCCCUCUCUCUCUCUCUCUUUCUUCUGGCCCAUGCUGCUUCGACUUUAAUCCCUAGAACCACCCGAGCAGAAAACUUCCUCGCGGUGGUCUUCUCGUCAUUUCGUCCCCAAUCUCCGGCGAUCUGCCUCCGUCUCCGGCCGCACCCGCCGCCGUCGCCGCCGUCUCCUCUUCCGGUUAGGUCUUCCGUUCUCCCCCUCCAGUCCUUGCAUUUGCUCCGAGGUCCCGAUCUUCCUGUUCACCACUCGCGCGAUUUUGAUUCCGUGGGUUUUGCUCCGUCCGCGAUUCGACUCGCUCAAAUUUUAGUUCGGGACGCUCGAUACAGUUGAUUGUACAGUUCCGGCGGAAGUUUUGUCGGAGCGAUUUGAGGAAGUAGGGUUUUUUGUUGUGUCGGGGGGGGCGAGCGGAUCUUAGCUUUCUAGUGUCCGAGUGUUGUUCGAGGAUUUGCGGUUAGGGGUUAGGGUUUUCGAUUGAUUACCAGAGAUGCCGAGGAGUUCGCGCCACAAGUCGAGCAAGCACAGCACGAGGGACGCGAGGGAUUAUUCGGACUCGGAGGACGACUCGGGCUUGAAGGAGCGGAAGGCGAACGAGGAGGGCAAUGCUAGGGUUCCGAAGGACAUGGGCCCGAGCGAGAAGCGGAAGGUCGAUCCGAAGGAUGGCAAGGAGCUGUAUGGUUCUGGGAACGGAGAGUACUUGGAUGAGUACAGUUCUUCGAAGAGGCGGAAGGAGAAGGUGGUCGAUGGAGCGAGCGAUAGGUGGAAUGGGGGUGGUGAAGCGGAUGAAAGAGGGGGCGAUGGCUCGAAGAAGGCCAAGGGGGUGAGCGAAUCGAAGAGUAGGCGAAGGGAUGAUGAGAUUGAGGAGAUGAAGAGGAGUGGGGGAAAGAGUGAGAAGCACAGGGAAACGAGUCGGAAGGAGGGGAGAGAUAGCGAAAGGAGAGGGAGAGAAGCCAAAGGAGAAAAAUCGGGUGAUAACGAAGAAGGAAGGAGCUCUAAGCGUGAAAUUACUACUGAGUCAAAAGCAGAGGCAGCAGUGCAAAACCCUGACUCAUUAUCGGAAAGCCUACUUGAAGGACGAAGUAAGAGGAGGAGAGAUGACUCUGCUGAUUGGAGCAAGUAUCAAGAUGACAUUGGCGAUGGAAAGAACAGGCAUGCUUCGUCUGUGGAGGAUGCUGCGAAGGAUGUAAGGCGGAAAGAUGAAAAGCAGAGAGAUGAUAGGUACAGGGAUCGGUACCGGGAAGAGGUUGACAGGGACAGCAAGAACCGUAUUGAAAAGAAGAAAGAUGAGUUUCCUGCAAAAGAUCGCACUGGAAGCAAAUCCAAUGAUAAGUACUUGAAGGAUGAUCGAGAUAAUACUGAGGCUCGACAGAAGAAACCUAAGCCCCAUGAUGGACUUCGUGAGCAUGACAUUGAUUCUGCCCGUGAUCAUGACCAUGACAGGGACCAGGACAGGGACAGGGAGCAUGAUCAGGAUGGAUACCGAAGUCGAGAUCGGAUUCGGAGUGGUGAACGUGAUCGUAAUCCUGCUCGGGAUAAGGAGAGGGAUCGUGACUGGGAGCAUGAUAACGACCGAGACCGAGAUCGAGACCGUGACCGUGACCGUGAAUGGGAGGUUGAGCUUGCUCAUCAUGAUGAUAGAAGUAUUAAGUACAAAGAUCGCAGAGGAAGGAAAAGAUCUCCAGAUGAUCAUGAUGAUUAUAGUGAUAGUAAACUUCGAGGUAGUAAAGCUCAUAAUUCUGAUUCAGAAAAGAGGUCUUUGAGUGGAAGCAAAGUUGAGGCAGAUGGUAGGGUUGGAUCUCAAUCUCGUCAAGUCCAUGCCGAAAUCACUGUGAACAGCAGUAGACGCCGAGCCUCACCGACUUUAAGUUCACAUGGUGGCACUGAUGAACAUAGGCAUGUUAGGCAAGAUGACCUAAAGUACAGGGAUCUGCCAAUCGAGAGUCGGCCGAAAGCAACAGAGAGAGGUUCAAAAUACAGAUCUCUGGAAAAGACAAGUAAAAUGGACGAUGGUCACUAUGUGGAGUUGUCGGGUGAAAGAUCUUCAAGCAAGGCAUCACCCAUGGGCUUGGUGGAAAGAUCUCCUUCAUCACCCAGUAUAGAGCGUAGACACAUGCAUAGAACUGGUGUUAGGAGAAGUCUUGAUGUGGAAGAACAAGGACGAAGUAGCCGUGCUUCUGCUGAUGCUAGAGAUUUGUCUGUCGGUGAGGGGAGAUUCACUCGUGAUAUACCUCUAGACAAACCAGUAUUAGAUGAGUCCCCUCAAGCUGAUUCAUCUUUCUACAAUAGACCUGGUCAGAGGAGUUCUUCAAUACCUCCACCACCUUUCAGGGCUGGAGUGGAAAGCCCUACUUUCAUGGGAUUGGAAGAAGAUGGCAGGAAUAACCUAAAUGCCCGUUACAAGCGAAGUGGGGAUCUGAACUUGGGGAGAGGGCCCGUGAAUAAUUGGAGGAGUGUACCAAAUUGGUCUCCAGUACCAAAUGGUUUCAUGCCUUUCCAACAUGGACCGCCUCAUGGAAACUUCCAAGGAUUGAUGCCACAUUUUCCUUCUCCUCCAUUAUUUGGUGUUAGACCUCCAAUGGAUAUUAAUCAGUCUGGUAUACCUUAUCCGAUGGCUGAUACUGACAGAUUUUCUGGCCAUAUGCGCCCACUGGGAUGGCCAAAUAUGAUUGAUGCAUCUGGCCCUCCUCGCUUGCAUGGAUGGGAUGUGAACAGUGGUGCUCUGAGGAAUGAACCUCCGAUAUAUGCUGGACCUGAUUGGGAUCAUAGUAGGCAUCCGGUGAAUAGUCGAGGAUGGGAAACUAGUGCAGACAUGUGGAAGGGGCAUUCUGGUGGUGCUAACGUGGACUUGCCAUCCACAUCCCAUAAAGAGUCCAUUCCAGGGCUCUUUCCCAUGAAUGAAGGCUCUGCUGGGCAAGUAACUCAAAAGCCCAAUAAUGAGGAUAGCCAUGAGCUUGUUCAGGCAAAAGCUGCUGAAAUCAAGGCCAGUGUUACUUCUUCCGAGAAAGAAACCUCCAAGUCUUCUACGGAGAUAGCUGGUGAAAACAGACCCGAUUCUUCCAAGUCAUCAGAAAGCAAUAAGCGCAUGAAUAUUAGCCGGAUCUAUCUUUCUAAGCUUGACAUCUCAAAAGAGCUUGUUCAUUCAGAGGUGUAUCAGUGCUGCAUGAACUUAUUGGAUGGGGAUCUAAACUGUACUGCUGAUGAAGACCCUAUAGCGCGUGUCAUUCUUAAGAAUCACCCAAGAUUGGAGCCGAAGGCGUCGGAUGGUUCAUUGAGCAGUUCGCUGUUUCCUGCUAUAAAUGAUUCUGUUUUUCAGAAAGCAAUGGACCUGUACAAAAAGGAGAGGCUAGAAACUAGGGAUAUUGCCAUGUCUAAAGGGGGAUUGCUUGAUUUUGUAUUGUCAACUACCCUGAAUAAGGUGAAGGAGCAAGACCGAGUCGGCCACGUGGUUGAGAAGGAAGAGCCAGCUCGUACAGUUGAUGAAAGGAUACAAUCACCAACUUCAGCUGUUGAUCAAAUGGAAGUAAAAGCAAUUUUAAGUGCUGCGGGGGAGGAAAAGCUUGGGGACUCGGUUGCGAUUUCUAGGAAGGAUGUUCCAGAACCUAUACUUGUUUCUUCUUCCAAGAAAUCAGGACAGGUUCAAAAGGUUCAGGGGUAUCUGGGGGAAGAUCCAAUAGGAUUAUCUCCUGGGGAGAAGGGAGAUUCAAUACACAUGUCAGUGAAUCUGGAUGAUGCACGUGCAGAUCACAUUUUAUCGCGUGAUCAUGCUUCGCAAGCUGCUGCCGUUUUGCCCAUUGAUGACAGUGGCACAGAGUUGGUGGUCAAGACUGCAAGUGAUCAUGUUUCUGAGGAAACCGGGCAUUUUGGUAAUAUAGUAGGCGAUUCUUUAGUUGUUGAUGGUCCUUCCAUUACCCACGAGGCAUCAAUGCCCGGGUCAAAUGAGUCUCACCUGGUAAAUUUAAGUCGGAUACAUCAUUCUCCUGAAAGUACACAUUAGACGUUUUCUAUAUCCAUGCAUUUGUAUGUGCUUUAUUUCCAAAGUUAUCUGCCUUCUCCUUAUCAUGUUUCUCUCCCCUUUCAGCAAGGAAAUAAAAGAAAUCUUGUCUCUGGGCCCCCCCAGAGAGGAGAUUUUUGGCGUA